UGCCAUGUCAUGCUCAUCACAAACCAAACCAGCCGGAGCAUCCAGCGGCCAGCCGGCGAGCAAAACGAGUGCUUGCUAGUUGCUACUACUAGCAGUAACAGGUGUGCUGCAGAGUCCGUAGCUAAGCUUGUUUGUGGUUGAGAGAUGGAGGCGAGGGUGGCCGCGGCGGUGCUCGUGCUGCUGGCGCUGGUGCUCGUCGUCCCGGAGGCGUGCCGGGCGGAGCGGUUCAUCGUCGGCGACGCGGCGCGGUGGACGUGGGGGUACAACUACACCGACUGGGUCAUCAGGAAGGGCCCCUUCUUCCAGGACGACAGCCUCGUGUUCACGUACGACCCGCCGAACGCGACGACGCACGCGCACAGCGUGUACAUGAUGCGGAACCUGGCUGACUACCAGUCGUGCAACCUCAAGGCGGCCAAGCUGGUGGCCGGCGUGACGGAGGGCGUCGGCGCGGGCUUCGAGUUCGUCCUCAAGAAGCGCAAGAUGCACUACUUCGUCUGUGGCGAGCGCCAAGGCCUCCACUGCACCGCCGGCCAGAUGAAGUUCAUCGUCAAGCCCAAGAGCUCCGUCUGCCGCGACUGAUCGACCGCCCCCUCCUCGCAGGCCCCCGCCGGUUGUCCAUGGCGUCCACAGCCUUCGCCGUCUUCCUCUUCUGCAUGCCGCCUUCUUCUUCCUAUUCUGUCUGAAAUCAUUUGUUAUACUUGCUGCUUGUAAGUUAUCACAAUUGUUGCAUUCAUAUGUGUCGUGUGCUGUAAACUGUGUUGCGUGAUACGCUUUUUAUGCAUGACUCGGUGCUUUUAAUAAAGUAGGGAGUGUGUGCGCGCGCGCGUGUUGCUAUAGAUUAA